ACACCAAUGUUGUUGCAAACGGUUCUCUUCCUAAUGGUAUCAACGGCAAGAGCGCACCCAGCAGUCCAAGUCCGAGGACUUCUGGUGAACAUUCUGGACUUGACAGAGUCUCUGUUUUACAGAGAGAACUCGAUCGUUGUCGAAAAGAACGCGAUGACUUUGCAGGAAAGUACUCGAAUCUCCUGUCUCGGCUGAAUAAUAUGCGUACGGCGCUCGGAAACAAGUUACGGGAAGAAUCUGAAGAACUAGAUAGGCGCCAGCAGAUCAUUGACCAACUAACUGCACAAAACGAAGAUCUAACCGCGACUGUAGAAACACUGCAAAAUGAGAUCGUCACGUCAAACUCGGAGGCAGAACGCGCAUCGAAGGAACUCGAAGCUAUGCGAAGUCGUGCAUAUGAAGAGAGCUCACAAGAAGCUCUUGUACGCGAACGCGAACUCCGAGAAUUACAGGUGGAACUCGAACGGUGUAGAAUGGAACGGGAUGAGUGGGAACGGGAGGCACAGGAGGGCCGUGUCACUGUAGACGAGGCAAAGACGGCAGCGGAGAAUUACAAGCGAGAUCUUGAGAUUGAACGAGAAGCUCGGCAAAAGGAAUAUGAAGAGUUGGAGGUAGAACGGGAAAGGUCGAUGAACUUACAAUCCGUCCUUGAAGAUUUCCAAAAUACGAAGGACCAUGAAUUGCGACAAGCCGUCCGAGACCGGGAUACACAGCUGAAUCAGCUUACCCAGACUCUGGCUGAGUAUAAGCACCGCGCGCAUACUGCUGAACUGCAGUUAGAAGAAACUUCGACCAAUACAACAAGGACGGUCGAACUUGAGAAAGAAGUCAAAGAAAAGGAGCUCCUCAUUAGGAAAUUCCGACAUGAAGCCGUUAUCCUCAAUGAACAUCUUACGGAGGCACUUCGACGAUUACGCAAAAACCAGGCAGAUAAUAAUGUCGAUCGUCGCCUUGUAACAAAUGUUCUACUCCAGUUUCUGACAACUCCGCGGGCCGAUAGUAAACGCUUCGAAAUGCUCGGCUUAUUGGCGACCAUCCUUUCUUGGGGUGAUGCGGAGCGUGAGAAGGCCGGACUUCAGCGUGCUGGAUUGGCAGGCUCCUCCGCACUACAGCGACCUUCUAGUUCCGCCGCAGGUUCGUCAAAAGGCAAAGGUUCGGCUGAACUUGACACGAGCGAUGAGACUGAGUCAUUCUCACAACGAUGGGUCGAGUUCCUUCUCAAAGAAUCGUCAGGUGGCGCUUUCGGGCCUGAGGCCACCUCUAGUAUCUCACAGGGUUCCUUACAUUCAUCCUCUACAUCAGUAACACCUUCUCGAUCAAACCCUUCCCUUCCUUCAUUGCCUGGUUCGCCUAGAUCAGGAGCCACUUCUCCCGGGGCAGGAUCGCGUACACUUCGAUUAGCAUCGUUCACUUCGUCCGCAAUGGCUAGCUCACCGAAUCUGACUGGUGCGGCCUCAUCUUCGCGAGACGAACGGUAGGCGAUCUCGCGCUGAUCGGUUUUCGCGACCUUUGCUUUGAACUGUCCCAUGUUGUUGCUGUCAUUAUUUUCUUAUUGGACUGUCAUGUAUACGAUAGCA